AUGUCUCUGAGUGUUUAUGAUGAUGUGAUUGGAUCUGAGGAGAUGAACAGAGGAGAUAAAGUGGAGAUGGUGGUGGAUAUCUACGAGAGUGCAGACGAUGUUAGAGGUCAUGACCCCAACACAGAGAUGGAGGACACCAACACAAUGAGGAUCCUGAAGACACAACAAGCAGAAAAGGCAGCUAGGGAAGGGUGGAUCUACUUUAACUCCAGUCUUUACUACGUCUCUAGUGAGGAGAAGAGCUGGACUGAGAGCAGAAACGACUGCAGAGAGAGAGGAUCAGACCUGGUGAUCAUCAACAGCAGAGAAGAACAGGUCUUCAUUAACACAUUGAGAAAAGGUCAGUGGGUUUGGAUUGGUCUGAGUGACGGUAAAACAGAGGGGGUCUGGAAAUGGGUGGACGGAUCAGAACUGAUCACUGGGUUCUGGUUCCCUGGAGAACCCAACAGUAAGGGAGAUGAGGACUGUGGUUUAUACGGCUAUGGGUCUGAUCCUGUGAAUAACUGGGCUGAUUAUCCCUGUAAUAACCAGUUUUUUUGGAUCUGUGAAAAGAGAAUAUAA